AACGAAUCUCGAGCGCUGCUGGCGCUCAGAAGCCGCCUUGUGAUUGGAGGGUCGCGGUGACGUCACAUCAACAGAGCAACAUGGCCGACGUGGUGGAGCUACACAAGCUCAAGCUGGCAGAGCUGAGGCAGGAGUGUGAAGCCAGAGGUCUGGAUGUGAAGGGAAAUAAAGGAGAACUCAUCGCUCGCCUGCAAGCCUAUCUGGAGGAACAAGAGGACGAUGUGGAUGUUGAGGAUGUGCUGGCAGAAGAUCCAGAAGAGUUCACUAAAGUGGAGACAGAGCAAAGCAUGAAAGAGGACAAAGAUGCUGAGUCUCUGGAAGCUGAGCUUGUACCUGAGAGAAAAGUGGUUAAGAUCACUACACCACUGUCUCCCACUGAACGAUUGCAGAAAAGAGCGGCACGAUUCAACAUUCCUGCAUCACUUGAAGGCAAGAAGGCUGUGCGGGCUGCAAGGUUUGGGUUGCCUAGCAACACAUCAGGUCCUCCUGCUGGGCAGAUUGCCAACAGCAAAGCUCCUGUCAACACUGAGCAGCUAAAGAAGAGGGCUGAGAGGUUCGGCAUGAACGUGUCUUCCAUCUCACAGAAGAUCGAAGACGACGAAAAGCUGAAAAGGAGGAAGGAGAGAUUUGGGAUCUUAACAAGUAGUGGAGCGGCUGGUGCGCCUGACAUCGAGGCGAAGAAGCAGAAGCGGGCAGAACGUUUUGGAAAAGUGUAAUUUUUUUCCCCACUCUUUUUGUUUUUCUCUUUGGUGGGAGGGUCCUUGAGACAUCACCAAUUGAUUGCCAGAUGGUCAAAAGGAAAUCACCUUUGCUUCGACAGCUGAAAGAAAAACGUUAUAUUUCAACUCCAUUUUGGAUGUGCAUGUUUGUUCUUAGUCAAGUGCUAACAUUCCGUUUCAUUAGAGGCAUUUGGAAAAUCUGAUUUAAAAAAAACAAAAAAUCAAAUCAAAUUUAGGUCAGGAUUAGAAAUGGCUUUAAAAUGACUGGUUUAGAAAAACAAUUGUGUCUCUUAGUGGCGGGGUUUUAUGUUGGAAAUACAAUGUGUGCCAUCGAGGGAUCUGUUUUAUAACCUCUGUAAUUUGAAAUAAAACGUUUGAUAUGAUUUGC